CUCCCGAGGACCCCACACUCCAUCAAUGUCGGUGAGACGUCUUACUCUAAACACAGAAUUUAAUUUGGCUCUCCAUUUAGGGUUCAAAUGGAGGAAUUGUUUCUUCAUGGGUAAGAAACAGGGGAGACAAAUGCAAAAUGGUGGGAAAAGCGACAAAGAAUGUCGUAAAAAGGGGUGUACUAUCUAAAUUUCAAGCCAAGAAGGGCUAUAAAUAGUCCACAGCGGCCAUCGGCCAGGUGAUCUGGCGACUUUUGUGUCUGGAGAUUUACGGAUCAUUCCUCCCCCUGUUCCAGUUCUUUGAGCGGGGUAAUUCGUAUGUUAAUGGCGGCGAGGCGAAAUUCGUAUGUGUUUUCAACGCUGACUGAAAUGGGGAAAGUGAAAGGGGAGGGGGGUGGCGAAGAAUUCGAGGAAGAGGAGAUCUGGGCGAUGGUGGCAAAGCUGAACAUGAAGUACAGCGGCAGAGGCGAGAGGCGCAGAGAGAUGGCGAGUGGUAACGCACUGCGCCGGCAGCCGACGGCAUCGCGCAUGGUACCGCGCAGCAGGAAUGAGACGGAGGAAGCAACAGCGGGAUGGAGACCGCAGUCUGCGCCUGUCAAUAUCCCCGAUUGGUCCCAAAUCCAGAGGAAAGACCAGGCUUGGCAGAUAAUUCAGGAUGAGGAGGAGCAGGGGGAGGAAGAUGAACUAUUUGAGAAGGGGGAAAUGGUGCCGCCACAUCAAUUGAUUGCACGGCAGCUGGCCCGGAGCCAAAUGACAUCGUUUUCUAUGUGCGAGGGGGCCGGACGAACGCUCAAAGGGAGGGAUCUCAGCAGAGUCCGCAACGCCGUGCUCACGCGGACUGGUUUCCUUGAAUGAGAAGUCAAUAUUUUUCUUAGCUCGCUUUUGUCCAGGUGAAUUUUCUAUCAAGGGUUUAGAAUUUUUUUGGCCGCGGUAGAGCGAUCAAUUCUCAAUUUUGUUUGGUAAAUCUUCUUCGAUUUGCACGCAAAGGGCGCGUUGAAUACUUGUAUAAGCUGUAAUGGAGGUUAUAGAAACUUGUAUGAAGCGUCUGUUUCUUCCUGAUUUUCCUUACCUGGGGGGAGUACCCAAAUAUUGUCAAGAUUGUAAUCAUGUUUUGAAGGUCUAGUAUGGUUAAUAGAAAUGUUUCUAAAACUUCAUGCUC